GACGAAGUGGGAGUGGGAGGAUUUGUACAACAAGCGGUCAUUGGAUCCCGUCCUCGUUGAAGGGAUCAAAGAAGCGAUGCGAUUGGCGUUCGAAAACAAAAAACAGUCGUACGAGUUGCCAACCCUGAAGCUGGCACCGCUAGCGCUGCAAAAACCAACUCCCGGGAACAAGGCACAACGUCUGAAGUCGGAGGAAUGAGGGACGAGCUGGCGGGACAAUACUACUACUACACAGUGUGUGGGCAACACAACACGGCUGCAGCCCGAUCGCUGCUCGGCAGCGAGGUGGUCAAGAAGUACAAUUUUCAGCGGUGGCCGGCACGAAUGGUGUACUUUUCGGACAACGACUUCGAAGGGUAUUUUCUUGUUAGUUCCCAGGACAACAAGAAAAACCUCAAGGCACCUCCUAGACAGAUGAAACUGUUCAUGAAAGACAUUCGGUGGCAGUGGAAGCAUAACGGUUUCCCCAGAGUUGUCAUUGGGAACCCUAUCGGGAAACAAAAACAGGUCCAGAAAUGGCGUAGGUUGCUGGGCCACGACGGAGCAAAGUGGAUCGUCAAGAAGAAAAAGGUCAAAAACGUCAAGUCGGGGUUCGCCUACAUCGACAACGACAAGUUGGGCAGAAAGGAGGUCGUUUACAAUGUCCCCGUAGAGCCGCCAACUAAGAAAGGCAGAAAGGAAAAAGAGGAUGGCGAUUGGUUUGUGCAGGUGCCUGAGCCGGACACGCAUUGUUGGAAAGCGAUGGAAGCACUCACCGACAAUGAGCAGUGUCGCGUUCCGAAGAAGGUGCUUGCUUGUGAGGUCGUUUGGGUCCAGGUCGGCUCCCCGUCGUUGGCGAAGCUGGGGAAGCUGAGCAUGCAGGAAAUGGUGCAGUUGGUGAAGUGCGACCACGUGCUGGUCCGGUUGUGGAACUACUACCAAUUCAAGCACGAGAAGAGGCCGGACGCGGAUUGGAUCCAAAAGUACCCUUUCCUGAAAUCGAGGUCUGUCGUCUUCAAAAAGUUCGAAAGUCGAGGAUUGGAUGGCAAUUUGUGGGAUGGUAGCAGGAAAUACAUUUAUGACGCGGUGCUGUUCAAGGACUGCCCGCCGUACAUCGGUUGCGACGACGACCACUCGAUCAAGGCGACGAAAAAGUUGGCCGGCCACAGGGAGUUGGCCGUCGACUGGAGAAACAAGGUUCUCUCCGUGUUGACUGGGAGCAGACUGAAGAGUCGGGAGAUCGCAUUUGCCAAAGGCAUUGUGCACAUAAAAUGGAAAGACACGGGGGAUCCAUCGCACCGAGGAGGAAGCAACACCGAGAGCCUCAACCUGCAAUAUGACCCUGCUCCGGUGGAGCACGCCCGAGGGUCUUCCUCGGUCGGUCCGUUGACAAGCCCGACACCCCUCGUGUCGCCGAUGGCCAGACCGGCGCCGGACACCACUCCGAUGAAGUUGGAGAGACUGAGAGCUCUUGCCGUCCCCCCGCGCACAUUGCGUCCCGGGUCCGACGUCCCGCCCGAUCAUCCGUCUUGGAAGGAUGACAACAUCCACUUCCUUCUUGAGCCACGAAGUCAUUCGCCUGAGGUGGACUGGGGCCAUGACAUGAUUUGGCAUCCAAGAGUCAUCCAGCCCGCGAUACAAAAGGGCGAGUGGGUCAUGGCCGUUGCAGUCCCGGGCGCGGGAUGGGUGUCCAUCCCUCGCGAGUCGAAGUCCAAUUUCCUGCACCUCGUGAGGAUUUCGGUCCUUCAAAAAGUGAGGGUCGAAAAUGACACGUUUGCACCCGACAACUUGUCCGUCGUUUCCACAGUUGGGCGACUGUUCGACGAGCUUCAGGAUAAGUGCUGGUUGGAAUUGACGGAGAACUACUACGAGCUCGACACGAGCCCGUCGAAGGGCAUGGUGGACUGGAAAGUGCCCCCUCCCAGCGGGGCGCACGGGAGUUCCGAGGGGGGGGCACCAGGCGGUGGAGGGGACGGGGGUGGCAGUGCGGGGGGUGGAAAAGGAGUCCCGCGUAGUGGGGAGGGACGGUCUCACGGCGGCACCACGACAUCGGGAGGCAGCGGUGGGGUGGCGGGUUUUGCCAUUGAUUGGAAUCCGUUUACUGACCCCAGGCCGGAGCCUACGACGCAGUCGCCCAACCUCCAGAGUUCGUCUGUGGGCUCAGCGAGGGAGACAUUGGCAGCCUUGGUUGAUCUCGGCAGCCGCUCGGGCGGAACGUUAAAGUCCGUCAGGAUCCGAACGUACGUUGAGGUGCCGCAAGAGCGGUCCACCGUGCAGAGUCGCUCGGGGUUGGGGGAGCCGAGCCAGGGUCCCGCGAUUGGCAGCGGUGCGGUGAGGGACGGAAAUGCGCCGCCUAAGCGGGAGCGACGACCGCUAGGAUUGCAGCGAGAGCCUACAAGGAUUGUCGUGCCGCCGGAAGGGGCAGCAUGCACGAAGACAGAAGGGCGGUCGUCAGGAUUCAACACGGGUACCGGAGAAGGGCCUAAAUUGCAUGGAAGGGAAGGAGAGGAGGAAAUGGAGGAACGAAAGGAAGGGGAAGAAGGGGAGGAAGAAGGGGAAGAAGGGGAGGAAGGGGAGGAAGGAGGAGAAACGGAGCUGAUUGAAUUGCUUGAAGGCAGAGAGGGUGCCAAAGGGGACGUGGGUAUUGGAGACGACGAGGGGGAGGACAGUGAGGACGAUGCAGGAUCUGGAGAUUCGUCUGACGAGUUCGGACAACUGUACGGAGAGCAUCACGAGGAUGAUGUCGACGACGAUGCCACGACAAUGGAGAUGGAGACACAGGUGGUUAGCAGCCUUUCUGCAGAGCCUGAAGACUAUUAGGUCCAACCACUGACGUUUGUCGUCGAUCUGCAACACUGGU